UGCGCGCGGUCUCGGUGUCUGACGGCGGUUAUCGGCCGCUGACGGUGUUCCGGGAUCGUGUCAGCCUGAAAUCGUGCUUGCCGCUGCCGCCGCGACGAUGUGCGUUAUCGUUAAUACAAUUGUGUUGUCGGUAUGGUUUGUGAUAUCGUCCGAGAACCGUGUGAUAGUACGCCGUAAACUGAUAAACAACGUUUCGAUGCGAAUUUCAGGAUCCGACGUAGCUUUGGCCUUCUGGUGGGUUCGCGUGAUUUUUAGAUUUCGUCGUACGUUUUCACGUCGUCUCGACGCGUUCGCGUCAGUCGGAAUCGUUUGUCCUCGAGAAGACGUAUCGAACGAGUCCGCCCGACCGUAAUAGUAGUCGAAACCGAACGGAAUAUUACACGACUAACGUCUGCGUCGUAGUUCCCAUAAAAGCGGACUCGUUUUUUUGUGGGCACGCUAAUCAUGAGCAUGACGUACCAACAAUUUGUCGAACACGCUACGGACUUAAAAAAACAUUCGGACUCAAUAGACGACGGUUGGAAUUUUCGUGAAUACCAAAGUCCUAUGAAUGAAAGUUGUAUCAAAUAUUUGGUAAAAAAGCAUAUUCAAAAAAUGAAUGAGUCUUCAUUGAAAUCUGAUCAUUCAGAACACAAAAUUCCAAUUGUAUGCGAGUAUCACAUAUUAUAUAAUCCAAGCUAUUCAUGUCCAGAUGUGUUCUUCAAUAUGUGGUAUACUGAUGGAAAGUUACUUCCAUUAGAGCAUGUUUGGUCACUGGUUCAUUAUUCUAUAAAAGAAAGUGUAGUUCAUGACAAGUGGAAUGCUAUAACUCAAGAGAUGCAUCCAUUUUCCAGUACACCGUUUUUCAGAUUACAUCCUUGUAAGAAUACUCAUGUUUUGGAAAUGUUGGGUUUUUCUUCAAAAAACAAUUAUAAAUUCAAUCCUCUAAUAGCAUGGUUAAGUACUAUAAGUCCUCUCAUUGGUUUGGAGAUACAUCUUUCAUAUGGAAACAAAGACUCAAAAGUUGAAUUUACGUAAUUUGUAUUUCUCUUAGAUUUUUUUUUCUAAUUGUAUUUUAUAUUGCUAUUUUAAUUAUUAUUAAUGAAAUAUGAAAUUAUAUUUUAUUCCAAAUGAAUUAAGAUUGAAUGCUAAAUAUUGGCAUGAUUAAGAGGGCUUGGAAAAAAUUUUAUCUGAUACAAGAUAUAAAAUAUACACUAUAAAAGUGGCAUUUUUCAAAUUCUGUUAAAAUAAAUUAGCUCUUCCCACCAAAGAAAAAAAUACUGAGUAUUUGUGCUCAAAGCAUUAAAAGUGCACUCAAACUGUUUGAGCUCAUACAAUAUUACAUUACUAUUUUAAUUUUGGAUUUUACUUUCAUUUAUUUUUAAGUUUAUU